GGGAGAAUUGGGUUUUUGUUUAAAUGUCUGGUGGGAGCCGGGGGGUGUUGAAGUUGGAAUUUGAUCGUUAUAGUCGCUCGUUUAAUACUAGUCGCUCUCUUAUACGUUCAUUUUGUUUGUUGGUUACCAUGAAGUUGUCUCUGGCUGUUGGGGCAGCCCUGAUGGGCUCUGCUCUGGCAGUGGAUAUUGAUCCCAUUGUCAUCAAGGGAUCCAAAUUCUUCUACAGCAGUAACAACACCCAAUUCUACAUCCGCGGUGUCGCCUACCAAGAUGACUAUACCGGCAACUCAUCCUCCGGCUACACCGACCCCCUCGCCAACCCGACCCUCUGCAAGCGCGACAUCCCCAUUCUCCAAGAACUCAACACCAACGUGAUCCGCGUCUACGCCAUCGACCCCACAAAAGACCACACCACAUGCAUGAAUCUGCUCGCCGCCGCCGGCAUCUACGUGAUCUCCGACCUCUCCGACCCAACCCAAUCCAUCGACCGCUCUGACCCGACCUGGGAGACAAGCCUCUACACGCGCUACACGAACGUCAUCGACGAGCUCAUCCAGUACAACAACACCUUGGGUUUCUUUGCCGGAAACGAAGUCUCCAAUGACGUCGCCACCACGGACGCCAGCGCCUUCGUCAAAGCCGCCGUCCGCGACAUGAAAGCUUACAUCAAGAGCCAGAGGUACCGGUCCAUUGGUGUUGGGUAUGCGACUAACGAUGACUCGGAUAUCCGGGUUAAUAUGGCAGAUUACUUCAAUUGUGGGAGUGAGGACGAGAGUAUCGAUUUCUGGGGCUAUAAUAUCUACUCCUGGUGUGGGGAUUCGAGUUAUACCAAGUCUGGGUAUGACGAGCGCACGGAGGAGUUUAGGAAUUACUCCGUGCCGGUGUUCUUCUCCGAGUAUGGGUGCAAUACUGUCCAGCCGAGGAAGUUCACGGACAUUAAGGCGCUAUUUGGGGAUCAGAUGAACGAUGUUUGGUCCGGAGGCAUUGUGUAUAUGUAUUUCCAGACGGAUAAUGAUUACGGCCUCGUCUCCGCCAUCGACAGCACCAGCGUCUCCAAACUCGCCGACUUCACCUACUACUCCUCGCAAAUCGCCAGCGCCACACCCAGUGGCACAAACAAAGCCUCCUACACCCCCACCAACACCGCCCUGCAAUCCUGCCCAGCAGUAACUUCUAAGUCCUGGCUGGCCACAUCCUCCCCGCUCCCACCCACCCCCAACGAAGAACUCUGCACCUGCAUGGACAACGCCUCCGGGUGCGUCGUCAAAGACUCCGUCUCGUCCAGUGACUACGAUGACCUGUUCAGCACUGUAUGCGGAUUCACGUCCUGCGAUGGGAUCUUCCAUAACGGUACCACCGGUACCUAUGGCGCGUAUAGCAUGUGCGGUGCGAAGCAGCAGUUGAAUUUCGUUCUCGAUAAGUACUGGAAAGAGCAGGGGAAGAAGGCGGAUGCGUGUGGGUUUGACGGGUCCGCGACGACGACUGCUACGGUGAAGGCGACGGGGACGUGUAGUGCGUUGAUGAAGGAGGCCGGGACUGCGGGGACGGGGACGGUUACGAGUAAACCUACCGGGACGGCAGCGGGGAGUAGCAGUGCGAGUGGGACAGGGGGUGUAAGCGCUGUUGGGUCUGUAGGAAGCGCGAGUUUGGGAAGGGGAAGUGCGAUGAUUAGUAUUGGGGCGUGGCAGGUGGGUGCGUAUGUUGUUACGGGUGUUGUAGCAGGGUUGGGGAUGGUUUUGUUGUAG